AGUGAGAGACCUGCCAGAUUCAGCUCCUUUGGGGAUUAAAUAAAGAAGUGGAAAGGCUCCUGCCACUUAUCAUUUUGCUUUCCAAAAUCCAACUCCUCCAGAGAGCUCACCAUGGCCUGGGCAUUGUCCUUCCUUGUCCUUCUCGGCUACCUUUCAGGUGUCAUUUCACAGCCUACUAUGACCCAACCUGCCUCUGUGGCUGCACCCCCGAGACAAACUACUAAACUCUCCUGCACCGCCAGCGGAAGCGUGAGCUAUAUUGUCUGGAUUCAGCAAAAACCUGGCCAGGCCCCUCGCUUUGUGCACUGUGAUGGCUGCAGCAGGGGAACAGGGAUCCCAGACCGGUUCACCGCCUCCCGCUCUGGAACCACAGGCUAUUUGACCAUCACCGGCACUGAGACUGAAGAUGAGGCUGACUAUUACUGUGUUGCUUGGUUCAGCAGCAUGUUCGUCUUCGGAGGAGGGACUCACUUGACUGUCCUUGGUCAGCCAACAGUACCUCCAACAGUGAACGUCUUCCCACCAUCCCCAGAAGAAUUGAAGAGCUCAGACAAAGCCACCGCGGUGUGUCUCAUGGAUGGCUUUUACCCAGGCACUGUCCAAGUUACCUGGCAGGCUGAUGGCGCCACCAUCUCCUCUGGGGUGGAGACAACCACGCCCACUAAGCUGAAUGACAAGUAUGCGGCCAGCAGCUACCUCAGCAUGAGAAAGUCCGACUGGGAGAGCUAUGAGACAGUCAUCUGCAAAGUGACGCAUGAUGGGAAGACCGUUGAGAAGGUGGUGAGGAGAUUGGACUGUGCCUAAAGGCUGGAUGGGUCUGAUGAGUUCCUCGUGCCUCCAGAAGCCGAGAAGAAAGAGUCCUUUCAUGUUCAAGGGGGCCAAGUUUAUUCUCUGAUUUCCUCUAAUGCUACGUUGAUCCAUCAAGUCUGUUUUCUUUCCUAUGUCGUUCCCCUCCCCACACCUCCUCCCUUCCUCUUCUCCCUGGAAUCUCCUUUGUAUGUUGGCUUAUAAUGUUAGCAAAUUAAUAAAAUGUCAUACAUUUCA